AUGGGCGACCGUCGCACGAAGCUUAAACAAUUCGCACAAGACACGCUAGAAGCAAUCGAGAAAGGCUCCUAUACCUUAGAAGGCGUCAAGUACGACCUCCGUACACUCACCAGUCGCUCCAAGCAGCAUACCGAGUACUACGCUCCCGAUUCCAUGCUAUCUCAGUGGUCCUCGGCCACCCCACCCCAUCCCGCCGCCCACACCAACGUUUCCAUCCUUGAAGUAUCGACACUCGAAGGAGCCCGCAUUCUCCACUCCGCCCUCCAUUCCUCCACAAACCCAUCAUCUCCCCCCGACGCUUCAGCCACCAACUCGUCUCGCAUCGGCAUCCUCAACUUCGCCUCCGCGCGCAAGCCCGGCGGCGGCUUCCUCUCCGGCGCGCAAGCGCAAGAAGAGUCCCUCGCCCGCGCCUCCAACCUCCACCCCACCCUCAUGACGCGCACCGCCCAGGCCUUCUACACGCUCCACAACCGCGACCAGAAGGGCGGGUUCUACACGCACGCGACCGUCUUCUCCCCGCGCGUCGCCUUCUUCCGCGACGACGCCGGGCGCUGGCUCCCGCCCCUCCAGGCGGACGUCGUCACGAGCGCGGCGGUCAACGCGGGCGCCGUCCGCGGCUCGCUCUGGGGCCGCACCGCCGUCGCGGGCGGCGCGGCGGGCGCGGCGGGGAUGGAGGCGCGCAUCGCGGCGGUGAUGCGCGAGCGGAUGGCGCGCGUGCUGCACUUGCUCGAGCGCGCGGGGGUGCGGCACGUCGUGCUCGGCUCGUUCGGGACGGGCGUGUUCCGGAACGACGUGGGGACGGUCGCGGGGAUAUGGGCGGACCUGCUGGUCGGCGACGGCGCGCGUUUCGGGCGGUCGUUUGAGAACGUGGUGUUUGCGAUAUUGGGGAGGGAGACGUUUGAGACGUUUCGGGAUGUCUUUGAAGGGAGGGGUGCCAUGGGAGGUUCUUGA